AUGCUUCUCCUAGACUAUCAGAACGUUCUUAUCCAGUCGGUCCUUACCGAGAGGUUCUCUGGUGCCCCUCCCGUCCAUAUCGACCAGACCGUCUCCGAUUUCGACGGUGUCAUCUAUCACAUCUCUACCCCCGAGACGAAGACCAAAAUCCAGCUUUCUAUCCAAAUAAGAUGCUACAAGGACCUCGUGAAGUACGGCGCAGAGCAGGUGCUCCAGAGAGAAUAUGGACAAUACGUGGUGCCGCCUGAGGCUGGUUACGACUUCUCGGUUCAGAUUGACCUUGAGAACCUUCCGGCGGAAAAGGAGGAGCGAGAUGCGCUUAUCAUGAAGAUGGCAUUGCUGAAGCGCAACGCCAUGGCAGCGCCAUUCGAAGCUGCCUACGAGGAGCACUACAAGUUGAAGGAGGAAGCAUCCAAGUAUACCUCUGAGGAGGCACCUCAGGGAGUACGGGAAGGCGGCGAGGUCAUGGCCAUUCACUACCGUGAGGAGGAGGCUAUUUACGUCAAGGCCAGCCAUGACCGUGUCACCGUUAUCUUCAGUACCAUAUUCCGCGAGGAAACCGACCGCGUCUUCGGCAAGAUCUUCAUCCAAGAAUUCGUUGAUGCCCGACGGAGAGCUAUCCAGAACGCGCCCCAGGUACUCUUCCGGAACGACCCUCCCCUAGAGUUGCAGGGAGUUCCCGGAGUUCGGGACACCGGAACCGGCGAGAUUGGAUACGUUACGUUUGGUGAGUGGCAGCAAUGA